CAGCUCAGCACACACACUCUCUCUCAGAUGCUGCGGGAGUGGAGGACAGACUGAGAUGCCUGUUUGCUGUUUGCAUCUGAACGGAGCGUAAAGUUAUGUGUGUUUGAAUUUGGGAGGGAGGAGGAGGGAGGUCUGUCAGCUGCAGGAUUCCAUCACUCUUAGCAACCGUUACUGAGUUACCACGGAAACGCUGCGCGAUGUUCUCUGCUUCUCCUUUGUCCUCCUCCAUCGCUCCCCUCUCUCUCCCCCCCCCUCUCUCUCUCCCUCUCACUCCAUCCUGUCUUUAUUGCCGGUCGACUUCCUCUGUGCGUUGCUACGGCGAUGCUCUGGGACAUUCAGCUGGAUCAUUUUUCCGCCGCAGUGCCGGAGUGCAGAGCUCGAACUGAAGGAAGUCACCAGCUGAUCACCUCGUUUACCUGUCAGAUGCCGUCAGUCUGUUCCUGCUCGUCAACUUUAAAAAAAAAAACAAAAACUCCACUUUUGUCUUGUGACCUUUUAACCCUUCCGCUUCCCUUACGGAUCACGGCAUAGCUCUUUGUUUUGGAUUGGCCGGGCUGACAGGUGACGUCACAGGAAGUUGGACGAAGUUUUAUUGAACCCAAACGGCUGCGAUUGGUGUCGAUGUUUUCACGACUCCGUCAGUCUGAGAGACGUCCGGACGCUCGGAGAACAAACUCCACUCAGUGAACACAACAACUCUCCAAACACCUCCUUCUCCUCCUUCUCACCCACGCUGAGAUGAACGAGGAGGUGGAGGAGUUGCAGCUGCAGGAGCGGGAAGUGCAGCAACAGGAGGGAGAGCAGCAGGAGGAGGUGGAGGUUCAGCAACAGGAGAUGCAACAGGCGGGAAAGCAAGGGGAGGAGGAGGAGAUGCAGCAGCAGGAGGACAGACAGGCUGAGGAGGUGCAGCAGGUAGAGGGGGAGCAGGUGCAGCAGGAGGAUUUGCAGCAACAGGAGCAGCAGGGGGAGGAAGAAGUGGAGAUGCAACAAAAGCAGGACGAGGUGCAGCAGAGUGAGGUGGUAGAAGAGGAGGAGGAGAUGCAGCAGGUUGAGGAGCUGCAGCAGACCGAGGAGGAGGAGGAGCAGCAACAGCAGCGGCAGGAGGAAGAAGCGCGGACUGAGGGGGUGUCAUGGACUGUGCAGCAGCAGAGUGAAGAGGAGCAGGAGUUUGAGAAGGAGCAGCAGCAGAUCGAGGAGGCGCAGGAGUUUGUGGAUGCUCUGGAGCAGAAUCACAACAACCAGGUCCUGAUUCGACUGAGAGGAAUGCAGAAAUAUAAAAGUACAUCACAGAGGCUGAAGGGGGUCCUGGAGCAGAUGGACCGGGGCAUCGUGGACCUGCAGGAGCUCCGCAGGAACCUGGAGCUCGCUGCUGCCAUGUUGGACGCUGUUUACACCGAUGAGACCAGGUGGGAUGGACGGAAGCGUCUGCUGGACACUGAGGACGAGCUCAGCGACUUGCAGGCCGAGUCGGUGCCCAGCGAGGUACGUGAUUGGCUGGCGUGCACCUUCAGCAGGAAGAUGGGCGUGGCCAAGCGGCGCCCCGAGGAGAAGCCGAGAUUCAGGAGCAUCGUCCACGCAGUGCAGGCUGGCAUCUUUGUGGAGAGGAUGUACAGACGGACAUCCAACAUGGCAGGUCUGACCUAUCCUCCCACGGCCUUGACUGCUCUAAAGGAAGUGGAUCAGUGGUCGUUCGAUGUUUUCUCUUUCCACGAGGCCACGGGAGACCACGCCCUCAAGUUCCUGGUCUACGACCUGCUGACCCGCUAUGACCUCGUCAACAGGUUCAGGAUCCCAGUCCAGGCUCUGGUGCAGUUCGUUGAAGCUCUGGAGAACGGCUACAGCAAACACAGGAACCCCUACCACAACCUGAUCCACGCCGCUGAUGUCACUCAGACCGCCCACUUCCUGAUGCUGCACACUGGACUGAUGCACUGGCUCAGCGAGUUGGAGAUUCUCGCGAUGGUUUUCGCUGCAGCGAUUCACGACUUCGAACACACGGGAACCACCAACAACUUCCACAUCCACACCAGGUCGGAGGUGGCCAUUUUGUACAACGACAGGUCGGUGCUGGAGAACCAUCACGUCAGCGCCGCCUACAGGCUGAUGGCAGAGGAGGACAUGAACAUCCUGGUCAACCUGAACAAGGACGACUGGAGGGAGCUGAGGUCUCUGGUCAUAGAGAUGGUGAUGUCCACAGACAUGUCCUGUCACUUCCAGCAGAUCAAGACCAUGAGGAACGCCCUGACACAGACACACAGCAUAGACAAAGUGAAGGUUUUGUCUCUGAUGCUUCACGCUGCAGACAUUAGUCAUCCAGCCAAAGCCUGGCCGCUGCACUACCGCUGGACUCACAGUCUGAUGGAGGAGUUCUUUAGACAGGGAGAUAAAGAGGUGGAGCUCGGCCUUCCUUUUUCUCCUCUCUGUGACCGUAAAGCUACGAUGAUCGCCCAAUCACAGAUAGGUUUCAUAGACUUCAUCGUGGAGCCGACCUUCAGCGUCCUGAUCGACACCACGGAGAAGGUGAUUGGUCCCCUGAUAGAGGAGGACAGGAAGGCCAGAGAGACAGGAAACAGGAGGUCCAGUUUAACAGGAAGCGGCUCUGUUACCGUGGAGUCGGUGCAGAGACACAACAGCGGUCGCCACGGAAACAGUGAUGAUGGACAGAUGGACUUUUCUCUGACCGCCAUCGACCUGCCGGCUCUGAGGCUACACCUGUCCGGCGUCAUCGCCAGCAACAAGGACCGCUGGAAAGAGCUUUCUGUUCAGGAACUGGCCAAUAAGGAGCGAGAGGAGCAGGAGAGGUUGGAGUCCAACAUCAACUCAGACGUCCAGUCUCUUCCAGCCUCACCCAACCACAGCGUCCCCGAUGGACACACCUCUGACCAAUCACAGAACUCAGACGGAUCCCCACCUGAUCAGACACAAGGCCACAAGUCACCUGACCACAUGCCUGCAGAUCACCUGACCUGGAAUGGGGCACGGCUGGGCGAGGAGAAGGAGGAGGAGGAGGAGGAGGAAGAGGAGGAGGACAAUGAUGAAGUGCCUGAAAACGCCUGAUGACACUCCGCGGCAAACUCACCACUAUAUCUGUGGUGGUGGCAGAUCACCAUGGCAACAGGCGGCGCGGUGCAGUGACAGCGAGAGUUCAGACUCUUCUGUUUUAAACACAGCAGCCGACUCAGUGGCCCCUUCCCUCCUUACUUCGGUGGAC